AUGAAGAUAUCUCCAGAACCCUACACCGCCGAUUUGUACAAAUUGGUGCGCAAAAACAUGAAGGGAAUGUACGAGGGUUCGGGGAUGGGGUGGAAUAGGGUUGACAAGAUUGACGAGAUGGAGGACGAGGAGCUGGCGUAUCACGUGGCUCGCGAAAAUGGAGAGAUGCUAGGAUUCGUCUCGUUCAUGCAUACGGUUGAAGACGACGUGGAGGUGGUAUAUCUGUAUGAGCUUCAGGUGGCCAAGGGUCGCCAGGGUCACGGUGUGGGUAAGGAGCUCAUGAGGGUUGUGAUAGACGAGGCUAGAGCUUGUGGUCGUCCGAUCAUGUUGACUGUUUUUCUCAUGAAUGAGCGGGCCAUUGGUUUCUACAGGCGGUAUGGUUUUGAGCGGGUGGGGCGGGGUCCUCAGGAGGGCAAGCGGGUGAGGGGAUGGAUGCAGAUGAGGCGAGACACGAGGAGUGACUAG